UCAUCGGCAAUGUCAAUUUUGUAGUAGGCAGAAACGCUCGAUUCAUUCGCCAGAUGUCACGACGCGUUCGUCUUUUUUCACCGCGAACUCAUCAAAAGUGUAUUACCCGCGGUUGUUUCGAAUCGUUCAAUAAAUUCGAUGCGAUCUACGUUAUCGAAAAGUUGAAAAAAGAUCGACAUCGGCCGUGUUCGAUCCUGCGUCUAGCGAUUGUAGAAUCGAUAAAGUCGACGAUAUUGUGUAACUGCGGACAAAGGCAAGUAAACGUAAGCUGUGCUGCAGAAACGAGAGAUCUCGAGACAGGAGGCAUCGAGCGAUCGCAGACAUUCGAUUCGCUAGAAAGGUUUCGCGUUGCUUUGCCGCUUCUAACCUAAAAAGUUGAAAUGGCAGAAUCGGAGCAAGAUUUUGGAGACCGUGGCGAUAACGACAACGUUAAGAACGAUAAACUGUUUAUUCUGAAGAAAUGGAACGCCGUGGCCAUGUGGAGCUGGGACGUGGAGUGUGACACUUGCGCUAUUUGCCGAGUUCAAGUAAUGGACGCGUGUCUUCGAUGCCAAGCAGAAAGUAAAAAGGACGACGGCCGACAGGAUUGCGUGGUCGUCUGGGGAGAAUGCAAUCAUUCGUUCCACUACUGUUGCAUGUCCCUUUGGGUGAAGCAGAACAAUCGUUGCCCAUUGUGUCAACAAGAAUGGUCCAUUCAACGAAUGGGGAAAUAACCGAAACGUGGAAGCGGAACUUUACCAACGCCGCCGCCUCUACAUUUACGAUUACUUUUAUUCCUUUUUUUUUCUGAUUCCUUCUUCUCAUCCGUCAUUUAUGCUUUUACGCGAUUCCUAAUGCUUUCAAAUAUUUUUUGAAUUGUUCGGUGUGUUUAGCUGGCCGCGGUAAAUAUCGUCCGCCAACAUACCACUCCGCUUUAAAUUCAACCUCGAGUUUGAAGCGCGAAUUUCUUUUUCGAUCUAGCAUAGUAACAAACGUUAUAAUGUAUCGCAAUGAUUUGUGUUAGCAUUAUAAAUUGCGCGCUCUUACCGUAUAAUCCUGAAGCGCAAAGUGCAUUUUCGCGUGUACUAUCGCGCGAUCGCGAGAUUGCGUGAUCUCAAUGGACGUCGAGCCGUUUUUUUGUCCGAAAGAAUUACAUUACAGAUAAAGUAGAAUUUUUGAUAAAUAAGGAAAUGAAAAUUUGCGUUUAUCUGCCAGCGUACUUUGGAUCAUAUUGAUCAAUUAAACAACGUAAUGUGACACACGACGAUUCGCUCGGUUACAUCGAAUGCGCUGUAACAGUAGUUCUUUGAAAUGGUUGCGUCACCUAUGUAGAACGCUGGUAUCACGAAUUUGAAAAUUUCACCAUUUUCGUCAAAAUUCGCUGCUUAUCGUUUUCGAUCUUCGAACAAAGCGUAAUCGGUACAAUGUUUUAUCUUCAAUCUGGUACAAUCGCUAUGCGGUACUAUGCGCUAUGGUGUAAUCGCGAUCCAAACGCUCGAAGGUCGCUCCUUUCUUCUCCUCGUCCCUCUUUGCUCCUUCCUUCGUGUCAGCGCCAUCUGCCCUCUCUUUCUUUCUCUCGGUCGUUUCUUCCUUUUUCUCGUUUUCUCAUUUUCCCCUCUUUGCUUCGCCCGACAACAGUCUCCGCGUUUGAUCGUUGCCUGGCGUUACGUGUCGUCACGAACGUGGAGGCUCGUCUGGAGGCUCGACCAAUCGAACGAGAGAAGGGUAUAACAGCGCCUAUAUUUAUGACCUCGCGGUUGCUACCACUUCUUGUAUCUCCUUUUUUUCUCUCCUUCUCUACGUUCUAUCUUUCUGCUAUGUCGCUAUCUUCCUCCGUUCUCGCUCUUUCUUCGUCCCUCGACUCUGUACGAAACGCCCGUAUACACUGUUAUAUGUACUAUAUACCGAACACUGUAUACGCUUAGCGAUACCUCCUUUCCCCUUGGUCCUACCAUCGUGCAUAUUUCUUCCUCCUUUCCUUUUUUUCUUUCUCGCUUUCUUUUACUAUUUCAUUUUUUAUAACUUCUAGUGAUGAAAAUUUGUAUAACAAAAAAAAUAUAAAUAAACUUUAUUGAUAUCCAAACGAUGCGUGAGUUCGAAACGAAACUUCUAGUCGUUUAAGUACGUUCAAAUUUCAUGUCAUAUUUUUGUGCGAUUCGAUAUUGUUGUUUCUUUUGUAUAACUUAAAAAUUUGCCCCUUCCGAACGAAGAACUAAAAAUAAUUUCGGUUAAAUUUGUUUCACAGAAGUCGUUCAUUGGAUGAAUGUGUUCCUUGUUAUUUAAAGUGAUUUUUAGCCGGUGUUAAUUUCGGAGCUAAUCUUUUACGUGACCAAUACUAAACGAGCGGAAACGACGAAGCAAAAUUUUCCAUUGGCGAUACAGAGAACGUUUUAGAGCGUUUCUCUGUUAUUAGAUGAUGAAAGGCACACGAAACGGUGGGGAUCGAGUUAAAUAAAGAUAACUAUUGAAAGUAACAGCGUUUCAUCGAUUUAAUACCGCGAUUAUUAGGAAUUUUCGGUGAAAUCUGUUAUUACACACGUGUUGCAGUUCAUCGUAUCUCGACACACAUACGCGUGUACGUACAUCGUAAUGUACACGGAGAAACGAAAACAGUUAGGUAUCGAUAUGGAGUGACGUAAUGGCACGCGAAUUUGUCCGUCAUGCUUCUCUGGAAAGGCGAACACACCAGCCGUCGAGGUCAAUCCGAGUCGAGCCCCCGUGAAACUCCAUUUCAUUGGUUCUUUUUCUGUAAUAGACUAUGUGAAGUAAAUAUAGAUUAAUAAAACUGUAGAUUAUCUGUAACUUGUUCUAUACAAGUGCCAUUUAUUCGAUGCAUAUUCCAUAUCAGAUAAUCGUACCCCUUUCUAAUCUCUAUAGAAAUGUUUUGUUUCUCUAUAUGAUGCAAUCAGAGUGAUGCCACGUACGCACAUAUUUUCAGAAUGAAAUUUAUUAUGCCAGCCACGUAGUCGCAUACCGAGACGCACGUAUGUUCUCUUGACGUAAAUUCCAAUAUGUAAUCUUUUUUACUUUUCAAUGUUUUGUGUAGGAUUUUGAAAGUAACUAAAUUUAGUUUCGUUUUAUGUAAGGUUAUAAGUUUUUUUACGAAAACAUAGCAUUAUAGAAAUAGCAUUCGAUGCGACAAAGAAUUCCGUGUAUGUACGUAUUAUUCAAGAAAAAUUCUUAGUGUUUCUACGAACAGGUAUAAAUGUUUCAAAGGUGAAUCAGGCGAUAAAAUUUUUUGCUGAUGUAAUUAAUGAAAAUGUAUCGCUGAAAUCGAUUGAGAAACAUCAACGGCGCCACUGACGAAGCGCAACAGGGGCAUGAUAUGAACGAAGAUCGUUUCGGUAAAACGGAGGCUCGACGCGGUUCACCAAUCAGAUGGCGGUAUUUUAAAAUGCCUUUCUUUCCUAUCCUACAUUCACUAUGUAAGUUACCGGGUUUAUAUCAGCGCCUCUCGCGAUUAACAGCUAAGACGAAUCGAUUUUACAUUUAUACCCGACGGUCGAUAUCGAUCUUUUACAUUCUUAAAAUUUAAGUGUAUCUUACUUGCAAAUUAUCAAAUUAGAUGUUACGUUCAAUGUCACGUGUUACAACGUUCAAUCGAACACACAAAGAUAACGAACGUCAUUACACGUGACAUAACGUUCAUAAUUUGGACUUGGCACGAAAUUAUUGCUAAAACCUUUGUCCUCGUGUAAUCUCUGAAGAAAAAGUAUCGGCCAAUUAACAUUAUUAUUUUACCGUUUUGUCAAGUAAAAAAAAAGUUAUUAACGAAAUGCAUCUUUGAAAUUCCGCCCAUUUAUUAUCCUUUCAUCGUAUUAAAGAAUUUUUGUUUUCCAUUUUUUUAACAUUUGAACGAUAGGUAUGCAUAAAUAAUUAUGUUUAAAAGCAAAUUAUUCGCCAUUGUAUAUUUAAAUGCUGUCCGAAAAUCUCUUUUAAUUCUAUGUCAACACACAUAUAUCAGUGAAAAUGUACCGGAUUUAAAUAUAGACGAAGUCGUUGACUCAAUGGACGCAAGACGAUAUGUUUCGAUACCUUAAACUAUGUAAAAACAAUCGUGAAAGUAACGCAUAGAUUCUUAGAAAAAAUUGAAACGUAUCGUUAAGGCGAUAUACGAUUUGUACGAUUGAUGGUUUAAUACAUUUAAUAUUUUAUGUGAUCUACAAACGUGCGAUACUGUAGAAAAAAAAGCUAUUAUCCGCCAUGUAUUUUAGUUGUAUGCAAAUUUUAAAAGCUAUUUAAACGAUUACUCGCGUAUAAUAAAUUUCAACUCUAAUAUUCUGCAAUUACUUAUCGUAAAACGGAAAGUGAUAGACUUCGCUUUUUCUUUUAUUGUAUCUUACGCGGUACUUUUGUACAAAUGUAUUAUCGGUGUAAUAAAUUAUCGGGAAUAAAUUUUUCUCUUUUAUUCUA